GGCAGUUCUCGACCGGCCCCCGCGAGCGUCGCGCGUCCCAGAGGGCCCUGUUAAUGACCUAACAACUGUCAAAUCGAGUCAUAGACAAGAUUCGUUCUUUUUAAGUGUUUUCCUAUGUACCGUUGCGUUUCUUUGAGGUUUCUUUUAUUCCGUUAGUGCUGUGUUGUGAGAUUAGAUUGGUGUACACGUAAUGUAUUUAGAUUUACAGUAAAAGGUACCGCGUAAGCAGAUUUUAAUGAUGGCAAUCUCAUGGUAGAGAAUCGAUAACAAUCAGACAAUGCGGCAAGUGUAACAAAGUGACCGAUAAGUGAACAGAGUGAAGUGAAAGUGAAGUGUAUUCUAAUUAUGACGUGACCAAACAGCCGACGCCAUGUACCGGCCGAAUUUCUAUGAGAGCACGUGCUUUAGAUGCAACGAGAUCGUGUACCAAGUGGAUCGGGUUGGUCCACUCAAGGACUUCACUUUUUUCCACAGUGGAUGCUUCAAAUGCGCGGUGUGUGGAACGAAACUUACUUUGAAGACGUACUACAACAACCAGCACUGGACUGAAGACAAAGAGGUGUACUGCUCGAGUCAUGUGCCCAAAAUCGGGCCCGGGCACUUGGACAACUCGUCCGUGGGCAUACGGAGCGCGCUCAAUGUGCCCAAAAGCAACAACUACGUGAAUGAACAGAUCCGAGGGCACGCCAGGAACAGCUAUGAGACUGAACUGUCGCCCACUCGCGCGACAAACGGCGGCAGCGUCCACGCGUCGCCCGCGCGGGAGGUGUCGCGCGACACGCCCGACUACCAGUACGGGCGGUUCGACGCGAGCGCGCUACACAUAGCACACGCGCUGAAGCAAACUGAACUGCAGAAGGCCUACCACAGGCCUAAGGAGAAGCCCAUUGAUUGCUAUCUGGAUCGAGAUGAACAGACAAAGUUGGAAAUGAAACAUCGACAAGAAGAAGAUGAUUUGUACAGAAAAUUUUCCAAACACCGAGAAGAAGAAAACAGAAGAAUACGAGAAGAAAUACAGGAUGAAUGGGAAAGAGAGCUAGAAAGGUUGACAAACAGAUUCCAACAAGAAAUGCAAGUCAAAAAACGGAGGCCAGAGUCGGAAAUCGGCGCACUGACCCUGCGGCACCAGCAGGAGAGAGCGGAUCUUGAGAAGAAUAUGACUCUACGGAGAGAUAAGAAGAAGGAGAGUUUAACGAGGAAAAUGUUGGAACAUGAAAGGGCAGCAACAGCGGCUCUAGUAGAGAAGCAAAGUCACGAGAUGAUGGAGCUGAUCACAGAGAGACGCUCGGAGUACAUGGCGGGCUCCUCCCUGUACAUCGACGGCGAGGAGGCGCCCCCCUACCCCGCGCGCGCGCCUCCCCCACAACCACCCCUCGUCUCCAAGUUCCACAUAUACACAGACCCCACCGAGUUUGCUGAUGUCGACAAAAUUGCUAUAUCGGUAGCACAAGAAGACCAAAAAACGUUCACAGACCUCGUACGCCAGCUCGUGGGUCGCUGCGCGAGCGACGUGGAGAAGGCGCGCACUAUCUUCCGCUGGAUCACUGUGAAGAACCUCAACAACAUACACUUCGAUGACAACCUCAAAGGGGACUCCCCGUUGGGACUCCUUCGAGGGAUCAAACACGGCACUGAAAGUUACCACGUUCUUUUUAAGAGAUUGUGCAGCUACGCAGGUCUCCACUGUGUCGUUAUAAAAGGCUACAGCAAAUCAGCCGGCUACCAACCAGGAGUCAGAUUUGAAGAUAACCGCUUUAGAAACUCCUGGAAUGCGGUAUACGUGGCCGGCGCCUGGAGAUUUGUACAAUGCAAUUGGGGUGCAAGGCACUUGGUGAACGCGAAAGAUGCACCCAAACCAGGGAAUAGAGGGAAGAGUGAUAGUUUAAGGUACGAAUACGACGACCACUACUUCCUGACGGACCCGCGCGAGUUCAUCUACGAGUUCUACCCGCUGCAGCCGGACUGGCAGCUGCUGAAGACGCCCAUCACGCUGCACGACUUCGAGGAGUUGCCCUUCGUGCGCUCGCUGUUCUUCCGAUACGGCCUGUACUUCAGUGACCCGAACACUAAAGCUGUCAUGUUUACAGACUCCACAGGUGCGGCGACUAUGCGCAUAGCCAUGCCGGCACACAUGCAGAGCUCGCUCAUCUUCCACUACAACCUCAAGUUCUACGACACGGAGGGUGACGGCUUCGAUGGCGUCAGUCUCAAGCGAUUCGUCAUGCAGUCGGUAGUAGGCAACGUGGUAUCGUUCCGAGUGCACGCGCCUUGUAGCGGCGCCUUCCUGCUGGAUAUCUUCGCCAACGCAGUGACGCCGCGCGAGUACCUCACCGGGGAACCCAUGAAGUUCAAGAGCGUUUGCAAGUUUAAGAUAUGCUGUGCAGAGCUGCAGACGGUGAUGGUGCCGCUGCCCGACUGCGCGAGCGGCGAGUGGGGCCCGACGAAGGCCACCAGACUCUUCGGACUUGUUCCCAUUACUCAUCAGGAGGCGUUAGUAUUCGCGGGUCGGGAACUUGAAAUCCAGUUCCGAAUGUCGCGCCCUCUCGCGGACUUCAUGGCUACGCUUCAUAAGAACGGCGUGGACGAGAAGCGACUCUCCAAAUACGUGCAGCAGAACGUUUCUGACGACAUUGUCAACUUUUACAUCACUUUCCCUGAGGAGGGUCAAUACGGACUGGACAUAUACACGCGUGAGCGCGGCGGCCCCACGGCGAUACACCAAAACGGAUCCACUGAGAAAGAGAAGCAUCUCCUGACUCACUGCUGCAAAUAUCUCAUCAACAGUAGCAAGAGAAAUUGAAGGGAUUCAUACUUUUUUACAUCUUUUUCCGGAACUUUUACUUAAUACAAUAAUUUGCGCCGCGUAGCGUAGAUUGUAUGGGAUUUGACACAGGCUAAUUUUUCCUUAUUGAGAACUCAUUCUUCCUAGUCUGGCUUUUUAUCCUCUAAACCAUAAUGUGAUCGUGGGCCAUGAAUCGUAAUCUUCUGGUAGGCACCAAAAAUGACAUCACACCGAUAGUCACGAAAUUAAGUAUCAUUUGUGGCAAACUAUAACCUAUGGCAGGACUGGUGACUAUGAGUAGAUAGAUAAGUAAAUAGACAACUGACGUGAUCACCUGACGUUCAAACGAUAUAUUUGAAACCAAUUUGUUAAUUAAAAUUUGCUACAAAUUGAGGCUGUAAUUUUGUGCUCGAGUUCGGAACACAUUUACUUUUAAUAAAAGCAUAUAACCUGACAUAGCUCAAAGAGUUGCGAAGCUCAAGUGGCAAUGGGCGGGGAACAUAGUUAGAAGAGCCGAUGGACGUUAGGGGUCCCAAGGUGCUGGAAUGGCGACCCCGCACUAGAAAGCGCAGUGUUGGUCGACCCCCAAGGUGGACUGACAUUAUCGAGCGAUUCGCUGGAUCCAGAUGGCUCAGUAUCGUGAUGUUUGGAAGUCCCUACAAAAGGCCUAUGUCCUGCAGUGGAAGUCCAUCGGCUGAUAUGAUGAACCUGUUAGUAAUUGAUAUUAAUCGGCAAACCUGCUUGGACCAUGGCUCACGAUAAAUAAGUCGAAUCGUCAUACCUCGUUUCUUUACAGAGUUUUGAGGAAACGCGAUGAAUGUUCUCUACUUGUCUAUUUACUUUCUACUCUAAGCAGACUUUAAAGGCAACUUUUAUCAACGGCCACGGGUAUCGUACACAUUUUAUUAUUAAUGUGGUUUUGCACACAGAAAAACACUAAUAAUUUAGUGUUAAAACGAAAUGGCGAUUUCCAAGAUGUUUUAUUUGAUAUUAAAACGUAAUAUAAGAAUUAUAUCCAAAUGUAGAUAUUAAUAGAAAAUAAAAGCCGUCCAUUAAUAUAAUCAUUUAUUAAGUAAUUAUUAUAAUUAAUACAUUAAUUAUUGCCUAUAUAAUUUUAUACAUAUGAUUUGUAAAUUUAUUCAAGUGUUAUUUUUAAGUACUCUAGGUUGUGUUGUGCAAUCCAAUUGCAUUUUACGUUAUUUAUCAUUAAAUACAAUUUACAUAAAUAUACUUGUAUUUUAAAAUAUUUGAGCUCACGAUUUUUAGUUAAAGACUAAUUAAUUAAUUAAUGACAAUAUUUUUAACAUAAAAUAACAGAUGAGUAAAUAAUAAUAAAUGAGAUAGAGAUACAGAGAUGAUUUCCAAAACUAAUUAAAAACAAAAAAACAAUUACUGCUUUAAUUGUGUCAGCAAAGUAAUUACGAUUAUUAAUUCUUGAAAAUAUUGACACAAGUUUUAGACACGAAAAACAAUAACUUUUGUAGACAUAGGAUUGUUAAUAGGAAAUAAAAUCAGUUCAUAGUAAAAGGUGAAUUUCUUAAUUAAUUUUUGAAUACAUAUUUCAAUGGUCAGUGAAUGCACAAAAUAUCGUGAUUAAAAUCGUUAAAUCAUGCUUUGAUCCACAAAACCUACGGUACUAAACAUCUACAGAUUGUCAUCAUUAUUGAGACGCACGGAAGUGCGUCAGCCAAAUUAGGGAGAAUGGCAAUCAAAGCGACAAGGUAUCUUUCAUCAUUUGAGGCCACUUUUGUCUAUUUAAAUAAUUUACGGAGAUGUAAAUUGUUUUUAUUUUGAUUAUUAAUUGAUGAUGGAAGUUAAAGGAUUCGCUUAAUCCAAAAUUGUAUAGAGCCCAGGAUCAGUCAUUGUACCCUGGCGGAAAUAAAAGAAAAUAUUUUUUUAACUAUUUUUGAUUAUACAAAUCUACGAAUUUACUUUAAUUCUCUCGAAAUAAUAUUCAUUCUCUCACAAGAAAUGAACACUAAUAUGGGUAAUAAUGGCGGAUUGAUGACGUUUUCAAUGCAGUAGUCGAUUUAUGACGUUUGCUGUCAGUUGUCAUGUCAUAGUUGCUCUAUGGGCGCCAUCUUGGCGAUCUUGAUUUAACUCAAAAACUUAGGUUUAAUUUUAUUUAUUUCUUUUUAUUUAGUUAGAUUUAUUCACAUAGUUAGAUUUGAAUAAAAUCAUUGUAUUUUUUAAAUUUUAACGACGUACAAGACUGGAUCCUGAAAUGGAUCAUUUCCUUUGGGAAAGUGCAUAUUUGUUUAACGAUUUUAAUCAUUGAAAAAAUAGAAUAUUUAUAUAAAGAAGGAAAUGUCAGAAGAAUAUGCCCACUUACGCUUAACCCACAAGAUAUAGUUACUGUAUGAAUUAUAUCGAAAUAAUAGUUUUAACAAUACAUAUUAAGUGAUACGUAAUUUAUAUUACAAUUUGAUUUUAUUAUACACGACAUUAUAUUAUAUUAUUAUUGUAAAUUUUUAUAAAAUAUAUGGCAUGUUAUUUUUCUAA